CUUGAUCGCCUUCACGACGGACUCCCAUCUCGUUCACUUCGUUGAAAAAACCAUGGUGCAAGAGCUCACUCUUAAGCAUUUUAUUCUUAAGCAAAGAGUCGUAAAUCUCUACAGACAGGCAGUUCGUGCAUGUCGCACAAUCCCAGAUCUACAGACACGCAAAGAGACUCUGACUUGGAUUCGCAGUGAAUUUGACCGUAACAGACACCUUCAUGAUACGGACCUCAUCGAGGACAAACUGUCCGCUGGCCACCGUGAACUAAGACGAAGCUUGCCGGGGAUGAGAUUCACCUGA